AUGCCGAGCACUUGUUGUACUAAAAAUUGUCAAAAUAAUAAUAAAAAGGGAUUUCAUUUGUUCAGAUUUCCUCUAAAUCGAAAAGAUCAUUUAAAAAAAUGGACCAAGGCAAUUGGAGAAAAAGAGUUCAAGCCAUCUAAAAAUUAUGUCAUUUGCAGCAAGCAUUUUACACCUGAUGAUUUUAUGGACAGACCGGGUACAAGCAGUAUUCGUUUAAAAAAUCUUGCCGUACCUUCCAUAUUUUUAAAGACUCCAGUGACUGCUCCUGUGAUUGCAAGUACACUUGCUCCAGCGACUGCUUCUACAUCUGAAAAUGUACUUGAUUUGGCCAUACAUUCACAAACUGUGACUUCAGAAGUCACGAGUUUCAAGAGUUCAGAACAAAAAGAAAACGAAAAUAAUUUUACAGUCUCCAGCCUACUUUCAGAAAACACAGCUAGCAUAAGUCCUAUCGACAAUACAAUUAAGAUGUCAUUGGUAAAGAAACGGAAAUUAAUGAAUAAUUCCUACUAUCAUUUAAAAAAUCAGGAAAUGAGUCCUAGAAAGAAGCAAAUGAAAAGAAUUAUUCAAACAUUAAAACAAAAAUUGACAAGAAAAGAAAAAAAGAUACAAUCGUUGCAGUGUUUACUGGCAGAUUUACGAAAGAAAAAUCUUCUCGACCGAGAUCCAAGUGAAAUUAUUGCACAAAAUUUUGAUGGAAAUGUUGGUGAGCUGUUUCAAAAUGGUUGAAUAAGAAUAGAACUAACAAAGGUUGUCGAUACAGCGACGAAAUUAAGAAAUAUGCCGUAACGUUGCAUUUUUAUUCGCCAAAGACCUAUAACUACUGCAGAUCUAUUUUACAUUUGCCACAUGAAAGUAGCAUUAGGAAUUGGAUUUCAUCUUUCAAUGCGGAGCCUG